AAUUCUCUUAAUUGUUGUGUAUAUAAAAAAAAUUGGUAAUUAGUUUUGUGUGGUAGAUAAUGUUUUAAUCGACAUAAUUGAUUAUUUUUAUGUUUGCGUAGUUAGUUUUAAAAUUUUCAUGAUGAAAUGUUGCGAUGGAUUUCAAAAUGUGCGUUUGCAACAAUUUCCUAUGACGGAAAAUCGCACUGGACCUCAGAUGAUUGAGUUCUUAACGAAACGUCUUCUUGCACUUGGAGCAGUGCAAUCUGGACAAUUUUUGGUUGACUGUGAAACUUAUAUGUCAGUUCCUCAGCUUGGACACCAAAGAAUAGUCCACGUUCUCCAUAACUCUGAACAACCGGCUUCAGUAUUCGCGACCCUCGAAUCUAACAACAAAACGGUAUCUCUAAUAGCCGAUGGCCUAUUCGAUCUCUUGAUGUUGAAGCUAGGAUCGAUUUAUACUUCAAAAAAGCAAACAAAAAUAGAGUCCAAAGGCCCGAGAUUCGAAAUCGGUGACUUUUGUGUAAAAUUGGGAAGCGUAACCAUGAGCCAAAAUUUCAAAGGUGUUCUUGUUGAGGUCGAGUACAGACCCUGUGUUGUACCAGCGAUGGCUUGGGAUCUUAUGAGAGAAUUUUUACAAGGAUUUUUAGGUUCCGCUGUUUCAAAUCAAGCGCCACAAUUUUUACAGUCUCGUAUAAAUGAGAUUUAUCAACCAACGGAUACAAUCGCCCAAUAUCUGGAACAUUUUGGACAAUACCGAAAGGCAACCGGUGUCAUUUAAAUUAGAGAAAUUUUUUGAUAACAAUUAGUUUUAAGAAAAUUUUAAGUAAUUAUGUUUUUUUUAUUAAGAUUUAAAAAAAAUUUAAUUAAAUUUCACUUUAUCUACUGAAAAUUACAAACUUUCUAAUUUUAUUAUAAUAGACAUAAUA